CUGAAUUCGUUGAGUGCGUGCGAGAGUAUGUGCGUACGUGGGGAGCUAGAUCAAAUUUUUGACAAUUUAUGACAUAGAGAAGUGUGCCGAGAGUGAUUUUUAAUAGCAACAGUUAAAUAAAAGUGUAGUAAGUAUUAUUCAUUGAUAAAACGUGAAUGCUCCACUGUUGGAAAGUUGACAAUAAACUUAAAGCAAUGUUCGCGAUAGCGUCCUACUGUCAAUUAAUCUGCCUCUUCCAAUUAUUCUAUCAAAUCAAUAAAAAUUAUACAAUUAUCAAGUCCAAAUCGAUAAGUAUAUCUUAGUUCUAGUUUUACCUUCGAGUGCUUUUGCUGCAUUUAAUAACUUCUGGUCCUCAGAUAGCGGGUUGUAACUUAACCUCGCAAAAUUGAUAAUGGAACUCAACAGUAGCAAAAAGCACAUUCUUUGACUGGCAGUACCCCUUUACAAAUAACAUUUGCAGAAUAUUAUUAAUAUUUACUGCAAACAUCAAAUUCUUCAGAUUUUUGCACACAGUUAAAUGAGUGCUCCAAAAAGACCUUCAGAUGACCAGGAUCCUGAUUACGCCCCAUCAGGACCAACAAAUGCCAAGCAACAGAAGAUCUAUGAAGAAACUGCACGAAAAAAUACGGCAAACAAAAUAAGAGCAAUAGUUGAAAAAGAAUUUGGCAAGGAAAUCGACGACAAGGAAAAGGAAGUUCUGGAAAUACAAAAUCGACUGCAUAAGGCACUGAAGACCUUGCACCUUCUGCGUUAUGUAGUAAUAAAAGACUUUUAUAAUCGUAAAGAAUGCCUUGCAACACAGAGUGCAGAUGCAGCACAAACCCAAAUCCACCCUGCAGUAAAACGUUUAAUUGGAAAAACACCAAAACGCCGCAGCACAAUUGGUCUAGAAGACCCUGGGCCUUCAACAUCCACAAACUUUGAAGGUAUUACUCAAUCGGAAGAUAAAAAUGAAGUAGAAGCAUGUUCUGAACCUUCUGAAAUUGAAAGACGUUUGGGGCAGUUUCCCAAAGAAGAACAGGUGACAAAAUCUGAGGAAAAAAUCUCAGCAAAUCACCUUAGCAACAAUGAAGCUGAUUGUGAACUAGUUAAAAAAGUUCCAAGGUAUAUUCCUCCAAAGAAUAAUGUGACUGCAAAUACUGGUCCUCCGCGUGGGGUCCGUCAUAAAGUGAGGAAGCGGAUAGUGGUUGGAAAUAUUUCUAAAUGGAUUCCCCCAGACUGGAGGGAAGAUGGUGCUAGCCAUAAAUGGAUGAUAUAUGUCCGAGGUAGCAAAGAUGCUCCUGAUAUUACAGAUUUUGUUAGCACAAUCCGGUUUUUCCUACACCCUAGUUAUCAGCCUAAUGACGUGGUUCAAGUUGCUUCUGCACCAUUUCAUUUAUCCCGGAGAGGAUGGGGUGAAUUUCCUGUUAGAGUGCAACUGCAUUUCAAAAACCUCUUGAAUAAACCAAUGGAUAUAAUUCACCACCUAAAGCUAGACCGCACUUACACAGGCCUGCAAACCUUGGGCUCUGAGACAGUUGUAGAUAUCUGGAUCCAUAUGACGAGUUCUCAUGACUCGAAAGAGAAUUUUGAAGAUGCAAUUGCGAGUGGGAGCACUUUGGGAGUCGGUGAGGAAGCGGCAACAGAAAAAAUUAAAGUUGAUUCGUUAAUUAUUAAGGAAGAAAAUCGAAGUGCAGAUGUAAUAGGUGAUUUAGUAAGUGUUCCACAAAGUUCCAUUAAGGUAGAACCUUCUGAAGAUGACUCGGAAGACCAUUUUACUGAAGCCAAUUCAUACCUUGGUACUGAAAAUUGUAUAAACAUGGAGCACAAUUAUGUUAGCAAUUUAUGCAGGACAGAACACACAGAGAUAGUACAUUCAAUGGAAAAUAAUAUUACUAUCAAACAUUCUGUAUCUUCUCUAAAAGAAGAAGACACUGGUAUCAAAACUGCAGACAAUGAUAAUCAUUUAAUUAAUAAUGCUGAAGAUACAGAUGUCACUUCACCGAACGUAGGAAGGAUUUCUAAAGAUAUAGAGGACGAAUGUAGCCCAUCACAGACACUGCAUAACAAUGUUUUCUCUGCAGAAUCUCAACCAGCCAUGCUGGAUAAAAAUGAACCACAUGUUCCAGAAGAGGAGAAUAUCAAGCAACGGACAGAAGCUUUACAACACCAUUCAAGAAAUUUGCUGUACAAUGGGGAUGUGAAUACAUUGCCAAUAAAGCUCGUCAAACGAAACGACAAAUUCUUUUUGAUGACGGAUGCUGCUAAAUUUUCUAACAACAAAGUUGAACUAACAAAAAAAGUAAACUCUGAUGUGGUUAAAAAUAUUCUGGUGAAAAAAAUACAGCCAGGUAAGGUAUCCAUACUGAAAAAUACUGAUAUCAGACUCAGAGAAAUGACUGAGUUAAUAAAUGGACAGAACAGAGCACAAACGAAUGCUCCGCUCACUAGAGAUAGUAGUACAUUAGAUAAAGGUACUGCGGAAUUGGAAUUACAAACUGAUCAAAUAAACUCAUCUAAGAAUGAGUGCAUAUUGGAAAACAACACAAAGAUCGAACUGAAAAGUCAAUCAUUAUUAAAAUGUAAUUCUCAGCAGUUGGAGAUGCAAAAAUUAGCUUCCAGUUUGCGAUCAAUACCUUCCAAAUCAGAGCCAUUGAGAAUAACGAUACCACAACCUUUCGAGUUAAACAAGAAAAGGCAGAUUCUAGUUCUGAAAAAUAAUAAAUUAAUAUCAGUGAAUGCUGGAAAUAACUUAUCACUCACCUCUGUACUUAAUUCCAAACAAACGUCUGACACUAAAACAGAUGGAGCCCUUGUAAAUAAAAAUAAAUUGUCUGUACUGACCACAACUAUGAGACCAAAUGAAGGAACAUCUUUACUUAAACCAAGCGUGAGCAUAUUGAAAAAACCAACCGUCGAUAAUAAUUUGACAAAAGUGGACGCAUCUAAACACAGUAAACCACCGACUAUAUUGAAGAUAAAUCCAUCCAACAGCUUAUUACUAAAUGCCAACUCCAACAUACCCGCUCUGCAAAUUGUAACACCAUUACAUAAUGUGCAAGGAGACAACCGUCUCAUCACAAUACAAAACCCUGUUGGACAAAUGAAACUCAAGAGAUUACCUAAGUAUAUAAAAAUUGAUAGUCCUGAAGACUGUCAACCGCAAAAAGUCAGCGUCACCCUUGGAAAAGAUAAGCACAAAAUUCUCAGUAAGCAGGACACGUAUGAAGAGACUCUCAGAUCAAUCGAAACUAUUGAAAUAAAGGACAUCUUUGGUAUUAUGAGGUACAUCAUGAAAAGAAUGCCACUUGUGACACCGGAAGCAAGAGAUUCAGACUACAGGCAAAUGCACCCAUAUGCUUGUUGCACUCAAGAAGAAUUUUUCAACUUCCCUGUGGGAAAGCAAAGAGCCCAUGAAUGGUACAGAGCAAAAGCAGUGAGAUCUUUAAUUCGAAAAAAAGGUUUUGAAAAUGAGGAACUAUGGAGUACACGAGAGAUAUUACUUUGGGCUAGACACCAUGGCUAUACACCAGUUCAGACCUCACUAUCGAUAGAAGCUUCUAGCAAAACAUGUAAAACCUUAUCUAAUCGUAGCACUGGAAGACCAUCAACUUGCACCGAAUUCUUGGAGUUUACUGAAUGGCUAGAAGACAUCAAGGAUCUAGACAAUCCCAAUGAAGAAAGUGACAUCGAAAUAGACGUUGUUCACAUUUCAGAUACAAAAGUAAAGUCCGAAGUAAAAUCCGAAGAUAUAGACCCUUUGCAAGAUUGUGUUACGUUAGAGGUAGACUCUCCCCUAGAACUACCUUGUGCCUUUGUCAAUGAAACUGCCAGAGCAAUCGGUAUCAAGUUCCAAAAAGAGGAGAUUGUUCCCGGAGUUAAACAUUGUGCCGUCCAACGAGUUAUCGUUGAGGCGAUGCAGUGCCUUAUCGACGAUCUCAUGAGGCGAUCCCUUGCAAAAGCCUGGGAGAGGAGUAGCAAUAAAUGUCCAGAUACAAUAUUAUUGGAUGAUGUUAGAGGAGCUAUAUUGAGCCGUGAAGAAUUUGACGUGUUUACGAACGAAGGAUUAGGAUCGAUAAAAAAUAUUUUAGAAAAUAUGUAAUUCCUUGAUAACAAAUCUCUGCACUCGCGCGAAAAUGCCAAUCAAGUAUUAUUGCAGGAUGAACUGACUCCUCCAGGCGUGCUAUUCAUGUGAAAAUUAAUGUAGGAAAUACCUACCCACGCCGAACUCCCAUUCUCCCAAUUUAUUUUCUAGUAUAAUUAAUAGGUAUCAAUUAACGCAGAUUUACGAAUAACAUAUCUAUAGGUUUUUUUAAAAAUGAAAAUGAAAUAGCGUUCAAUGCUCGAACACCGAACUCACUUCUAAGUGCUACAUAAGCAGAAAUGACUGCAAUAUUUUGUAAAUACCUAAACACGACCAAUUUUAACGUCGUUGUUGAUAAUUUUUUAUUUUCGCAGGCUACAUUUUACGAAACAUCGCGCUCGGUUGCGUUGUAAUAAAAUUGGCAUCGAGCGUUGAUAUGUUUUUUGGAAAAAUAUACAUUAAAUAAUUUUAUCAAUUUUCUUAUCCCAGCCGACAGGAAUGUUAUAAUAUUUUACUUGUAGUUCAAGCCAACUGUAAAUCGGCUUGUAAUAUUGAAGUAGAGGUUCAACUUCGUAGGUCAUUACACCAGUCGCCAUAUACAGCGCGUAUUUCCAAUUGACACUACUUCCAAGUUCCAUGAGCUGUCUACAGAAAACAAUAAUAAGAAUUGUACAAAAACAGUUCGAUUAAUUUUCAGGUUCCAAAGUGUGCGCGUUAUUCAUCUAAUUGUAAGUAAUUUGUGAUACGAUACAUCUGAACCAAAAUACUACGAAAAUUGUAUUUAUUAAUCCACGAUAAUACGGGGCAAAAAUUUCACUGAUCUUUCUUUACCAGUGUUUUAUUUAUUUUUAAAUCAGAGGCAAAAGAAAAAUUGUCCAAUAAAAAUCUAUAUCUUAAUAAACGAGGUAACUGUCAUUUGAA